AGGAGGAGGAGGAGGAGGAGGAGGACGGGAAACAAGGGCAGAGAGGGAAACAGGAACAGAAAGUGAAGACUUGUCAAGAUGUCUGGGUGAGGGGGACCAGAGCAGAGCAGAGCAGAAGCCAGAUGCCAAAUCAGAAGCAACAGAAGUUUGAGCAGCUGACUGGAUUAGACAGGAGGGGAGACCCGCUACUUCACAAGUGCCCGCGAGACACACCAACACUGAAUCACCUUUCUGCGGCUCAACAAAACCAAUCCGAGAGCCAAAGGGCAAGAGGACGAGAGGAAAGUCAAAAAAGCAAUUAGUGGGAUGUCGACCUGCAUAAACAAACUUGGCUGAAGUGCAGAUUGUGGCGAUUUCCUCCAGAUCAGAAUCAUCACAGCUGGGUGAUUUCAAAGAAAGCAUUCCUAUAAACAGCUUUUUGUCUUUCGGAUUUCUUUAAAAGAUGCUUUGGUCUUCCUCAAAGGGACACUUAAGCAGGAGACAACAAAGUUAGUGUCUCAAUUUAAUGUGAACAGCACAAGCACACGCACAAGCUUCAUCAGAUAGAAGGCAGCUAUCUCCACUCGGAUCUUUAAUAGAAGGAGCACAUAAAGGUUUAAAUCAAAUUGCUAAAAGACGUGACCUGACAGCUGUUGUUGAUGAUGUUUUGUUGAGUAAAACUUGACAUCUUAUAACUUGGAAACUGGAGCCCGAUCCCAUAAAAGGACUUUCAACUCAAAUGAACAUCAUAUCUUCAUUACUUUGGUGUCUCCGGCUGCCUAAUAUACACAUUUAUUGUCCUAUAAACCUCACAGCUCUCUGAAGGAUUUAUUAAAACUUCUCCACGGCGAGACACUCCCAGUCCCAAGAGGAGUCGCAGCUCUGCAUCCCGAAGCCAUGGAUGGGAAAACGGACAGCGUCCAGGACUUUUUCAACCAGCUCUGGAGCUUUGCCACAGACAAACACAACCAGGGGGUCUACAACACAGUGUGCCUGGUGGUCCUCCUGACGCUUCCCCUGCUGGUCCUCCUCACCACUGUCGUAGUGUGCUGCCACUGCUGCUGCUGUCGCCAUGCCAACGGCUGCUGGUGCUGCUGCUGCUGUGGAGACACUAUGGCAACCUCAAGGUCAGAGACGAAGAAGAAAAAGGGCUCAGCCAAUACUGAGGACUUAUGGAUCUCUGUCAAGACAGGCCCGAUGACACCUGACAGGGUCGCUCUGGCCAUGGUGUAGGAAUCUAUUUUUUAUUUUCAGAUCGCUCAUCCAGGGCAGCGCAGUCGAUAGAGCGUUUCAGAAUUGUACAACUCGAACUGCCUCGGACUCAAAAGGAGGCUAAAGACGCUGGUCAGACUAACAGGAAGGACUUGACAUUGUAGUGGGCAUGGUUAAAAUAUGUAAACAGUGUACUGUAUAUAUUCUUGUCACUUUGUACUCGUAUGAUGUUGUGUGUGGUGGUUUUAUGACAAUGUUUACAGCAUUUUUAUGAGGUUUUUAAGUGUGUGGUACAUGAUGGAAGAAAUGGGCAGACAGAAGCACCCGCAAGAGUGUGUGUGUGUGUGUGUGUGUGUGUGUGUGUGUGUGUGUGUGUGUGUGUGUGUGUGUGUGUGUGUGUGUGUGUGUGUGUGUGUGUGUGUGUGUGUGUGUGUCAGAGAGCGGGAGAGAAGACCAGUGUUAUUGAGAGCACUUUGUUCUUAGAGCUCCCAUGUGAAAUUCAUUGCAUCUGUAUUUGGGAGCGAGAGCCAAUUUAAGGUCUGCCCAGCGUUCAGCUAGCUGUAUUACUGCCUACUUUUCACAUUCAGGCUGCAAUGUAGAGUGUGAUUGACUCUCACUUUCUAAAGCAAAAGGCACCGUCAUCCAGAAAAGCUGAACUCACUGCCUGCAAAAGGAAGCCUUUAACUUUCUUCAUUUUCAUAUUUUUUUGUCUAUUUUAUUGACAUGAUAAUGUUCUAUUUACAAGAGAUGGGCUUUAUCCGCUGCACUAUUCAGGUCAAAUGAGCCUUGAAAGCACAAUCUAUAAUUCAAAAGAAAAAGAAGUCUGUAAUGUCUGAAAUUUUGUGUAUAGGUGAAUGCAGAAGUAACAAUUUUUAAUUUUUUCUUCUACAAGCCAGAUUGGGAAAAAGCUAGUUAUCAAAUUUCUUUAAAAAGGCUCCUAAAUGAAAGAGAGAUGAUUGUGCUGGUCAAUAUUGAGUCGUCGACUGAUGCAGCACAGAGGUUUGAACAUUUUCUUCUGGAGUUCUUCGGCAAGUAAAAAUUGCCAGGUUGAAACAAUAUGUAUAAUUUAUGAAUGCAAUAGUUUUACAUCACUGUCUGCAAUUAAUGAAAGCAUUUGAUAGGAACCACCACACCACUUUUUCUUUUUCCACAAACAACACAAAAUAAACUGGCAUUAAAUCUGUUUGUAAAUCAGUCUGCAAUUAAAUUUUCCAUAUGAGCUCCAUGUGAGGAGAA